ACCAAUUGACUAUUUGGGCUUUGGCAAAUGGCAAUUAGUAUUUAGUUUUACCAUCGACCAACCAUUACCGAAUUCCGACUAAUUACAAUGUUGGAUUUGUUGUAGUUGUUGUUUAGUUUUUUUAAUUUUAUUUGUAAUUUACAUACACUUUUAAUUGAUUUUGGAAUGUGUACUUUUUUCAUGUUUUGUGCGUGUAAUUGACACCUGAUUUAAAUACCGUUUCCAGUUUUGUAUACAGGUACCAUUGUAAUCAGUCAUAGUACUUAUUGUAUAAUACUUGAUUCCACUCGAAAUAACAAGAUGGAACGGCUAUCUCUAGUUGUAAAAUACGAUGAGUUUGUACGACAUGUGUUAGCACUGUUACUGGAUACUUCUGUGGAAAAAGACUAUAGAGAGAAAAUUUUGGCAUUGGAUGCAUUUAGCAAACAACUAAAAGAUAAUGGCGACGAUCAGGAUAUUAUGAAAAAAAAACUCAACGAUAUGCGAAUCGAAUGCGAUAGAUUGAUGCACAAAUUGAAAACUUCAAGUAAAUUACUAGAUGAAGCAAAUAAAGAAAAGAGGCAUGUCGAAUUUGAAAGAGACACGAUGGCAAGGCAGCUUAGUGAUUAUUACAAGGCGUUUAACAAAAUAAAUCCUGGUAAUAACCCGUCGGGAUCACCAAUGUUGGACUACGAUAAAAUACGUUUUGAACAAAUGCCAAGACACGAUACCACAGAGUCUAUAUUGUCAGACAUCAGUUAUUCGAGAUCAGAAGACAGUUUGGACUCUGAAAAGAACUUCGAAGAAGCCCUCAAGCGCCGGGAACAAGAAUUAGUCGGUACUGUCAAACGAAAACGUGUGUCAAAUCAAAAUCCUACUUAUGAAACGAGAAAAGAAAUUGAAACGAUAACUUCGACUCCAGGUCAAAUCAUAGCUACUACAACUGUCACUUUGGAACAUGGCCAUAUGGGAGGAAACAUCAGUGCAAAAUCCGUCAUUGAAUCUAAACCACUUAACCAUUUUCCAACUCCGAGUGCACCGCCGAUAUCUGAUUCGCUAGAUUCGUUUGAUUCAGAAGCGUGUAGUGAUGAAAAUAAUCAGAAUGCCCCCAACACAAUUCAUUCGAGUUCAGCAUUGAAUAAGUUAAACAAAAGAGCCCACAAUUUUACUCAGAAAAAUAUUAUCAUUCCAGAAAUCUGUGGACCUUGUGGAAAAAAAGUCAAAUUCAAUAAAAUCGUAGUGAAAUGUUUGGACUGUAAGGCUACUGCUCAUUUGGAACACAAAGACAAAGUGCCUUUGCCUUGUAUUCCUGUAAGGAAUACUCCAAAUAAGAACGGCGGUCGCAUUGCGGAUUAUUCACCGAUGGUAAACGGUCGUCCGAUGGUACCUGCAUUAGUGAUACACUGUGUGAACGAAAUUGAACAACGCGGUUUCGAUACUGUUGGCUUAUACCGAGUACCGGGCUCGGAAAAAGAUGUCAAAGCGUUAAAAGAAAAAUUCCGCAAAGGAGUACCCAACUUAUCCGACAUUGAUGUACACGUCAUUUGUGGUUGUCUGAAAGACUUCCUGAGAACUCUGGAUGAUCCGCUGAUUCCUCAUUACGAUUGGAAAACAUUCACAGACGCGGUUAGAAAUUCAAAAGACGAAAACGAACACAGGUUGUACCAGGCUAUAUCGCAACUGCCUCAACCUAACCGCAACACGCUUGCAUACCUGAUGUUGCAUUUACAAAAGGUCGCAGCGUCUCCAGACUGCAAAAUGCCAAUCACUAAUUUAGCUCGAAUGUUUGGUCCGACCAUUGUCGGUUAUUCAAGCGAGGGAUCCGAAAAUAUGUAUUUCGAUUGCGAAUUGAGCAAUAAAGUCGUCGAAGAAAUGCUUAAAUUAUCUCCCGAUUAUUGGUCAAACUUUUUGAACAAUUUAGUUCCGCUGCGUGUGCAAAACACGCCAGUGAAACGCACGCCUUCCCGUCCAUUACAGCCAAUACGUACUCCAGUUACAAAGAACACACGAAUUUUCGGUUCUAGCACAAAACGACGUUAUUUAGAAUCGCCACGAUCGGUUAAAGCUGCUAGAAUCAAGCAACUUGAAUUGAAAAAAAAAUAAUCAACCUAAGAUUAAACAACAUUCUAUUUUCAUAACCACAUUUGUCGUUUUGCUAAAAUAGUAAUAACACAAUUAAUAAUUAUUAACAUUUGAAAAUCGCCAUUGCUUUUUUAACCUCUGUAAUUUUUUUAUUAUUUUAAUUAUGUAACGAAAAAUUUUAUUAUGUGAUUGUUUCGAACAAAUAUAAUUUUAAACUGGACUACAUUGGUCAGUUUUUAAUCUAUAGCUUAAGUGUCUAUUAAUAAUCUACGAACAACAAAUUAAGCUAUUGGAAAUAUGUAUUAUUGGUAUUUUUAUUAUUAUUGUACAACUUGUGAUUUUUACAUUCUUUUUUAUACCUACUUAUGUAACGUGCAAACAAUAUAAUUU